AUGAAAGAAAAAAUGAGAUCUCUCAGAAACUUUUUUCUUUACAAGUGUCUGUUUGCAUUAACUUUUUGGAACCAUAUCAGCCUGUCUGUGGAAAAUGAACUCUUUACAUCUGUUUCUAAUUAUUUUCCAGAAGAUGGUUCUGACAAAAAAAUCAAGAGCCUGCCACUCCUGUGUACAAAUAGUCAUCAGUCCAAAGCUAAUUUUGACUGGGUUGUGAUACAAAAUACUACAGAAAGCCUGUCAUUGUCAGAAAUCACAAAUGACAAUGUAAAAAAAUUAGUAGCUUUAUUAUCUAAUUUCAGACGAGGCUCCGGGUUACAAAAUCUGACACUGACAAAUGUGUCAGUGGACUGGAAUGCUCUUAUUGAAAUUUUUCAGACUGUAUGGCACUCAUCCAUUGAAUACUUCAAUAUUAACAGUGUAACACAAUUGUCGCAUGUCAAAAGCUAUGAUUUUGACUAUUCAGAUACCUCUAUGAAAGCACUGACAAUGAAGAAAGUUUUAAUCACAGAUCUGUACUUCUCACAGGAUGACCUAUACAAAAUAUUUGCAAACAUGAAUAUUGCAGCCUUGACAAUAGCCGACUCAGAGAUGAUACAUAUGCUGUGUCCUUCAUCUGACAGUCCCUUUAUAUACUUAAAUUUUUUAAACAACGAUUUAACAGAUCUUCUUUUUCAAAAAUGUGACAAAUUAAUUCAACUGGAGAUACUAAUCUUGCAGAAGAAUAAGUUUGAGAGCCUUCCCAAGGUAAGCUUAAUGACCAGCCGUAUGAAAUCACUGAAAUAUUUGGACAUGAGCAGCAACUUGCUGCGUCAUGACGGAGCUGAUGUGCAAUGUCAAUGGGCUGAGUCUCUGACAGAGUUGGACCUGUCCUCAAAUCAGUUGACGGAUGCUGUGUUUGAGUGCUUGCCAGUUAAUAUCAAAAAACUCGACCUACAAAACAACCAGAUCACCAGUGUCCCCAAGGGGAUGGCUGAGCUGAAAUCCUUGAAGGAGCUGAACCUGGCAUCGAACAGGCUGGCUGACCUGCCAGGGUGCAGUGGCUUUACGUCCCUGGAGUUCCUGAACAUAGAGAUGAAUUCGAUCCUCACCCCGUCUGCCGACUUCUUCCAGAGCUGCACACGGGUCAGGGAACUACAAGCCGGGCAUAACCCGUUCAAGUGUUCGUGUGAACUGCAAGACUUUAUCCGUCUGGAGAGGCAGUCUGGGGGGAGGCUGUUCGGCUGGCCAGCAGCAUACGUGUGCGAGUACCCGGAAGACUUGCAAGGAACGCAGCUGAAGGACUUCCACCUGACUGAACUGGCUUGCAACACGACGCUCUUGCUCGUGACAGCUCUGCUGCUGACGCUGGUGCUGGUGGCUGUCGUGGCCUUUCUGUGCAUCUACCUGGAUGUGCCGUGGUACGUGCGGAUGACGUGGCAGUGGACGCAGACGAAGCGGAGAGCUUGGCACAACCACCCUGAAGAGCAGGAGACCGUUCUGCAGUUUCAUGCGUUCAUUUCCUACAGCGAGCGCGAUUCGUUGUGGGUGAAGAACGAGCUGAUCCCGAACCUGGAGAAGGGGGAGGGCUGUGUACAACUGUGCCAGCAUGAGAGAAACUUUAUCCCCGGCAAGAGCAUUGUGGAGAACAUCAUUAACUGCAUUGAGAAGAGCUACAAGUCGAUCUUUGUGUUGUCUCCCAACUUUGUGCAGAGCGAGUGGUGUCACUAUGAGCUGUACUUUGCCCAUCACAAAUUAUUCAGUGAGAAUUCCAACAGCUUAAUCCUCAUUUUACUGGAGCCGAUCCCUCCGUAUGUUAUCCCUGCGAGGUAUCACAAGCUGAAAGCUCUCAUGGCAAAGCGAACCUACCUGGAGUGGCCGAAGGAGAGGAGCAAGCAUGCCCUUUUCUGGGCUAACCUGAGGGCAGCUAUUAGCAUUAACCUGCCAAUGGCUGAUGGAAAGAGGUGUGGGGAAACAGAUUAAGAGUCUUUCUAAUGGAGUUUCUUCUGUUUUUUCUUGGUGAAGCAAUAAAUACUUUAUGACUUCCA